AUGAACCCGGCCUCUGUGACACUGGCCAGUGUCCUACAGGUCAGGGGUGAAGCACUGUCUGAGGAUGACAUCUGGUCCCUCCUGUCCUUGGGUGCUGAGCAGCUCCUGGAAGACCUUUGCCAAGACACCUCCGACUAUGUCGUGUGCCCCUGGUCGGCCCUGCUCUCGGCGGCCGGAAGUAUUGCUUUUCAGAACCGCGUGUCUCACAUCGAGGCAGCUGCUUUCAAGGCCCCCGAGCUGCUGCGGGAGCCGAGGCGUGACGAGCCGCUCGACAUGUCACAGGUGCACGUGUAUUCCUUAGGAAUGACUCUCUAUUGGUCAGCGGGAUUCCAAGUUCCGCCAAGCCAGCCCCUGCAGCUGAGUGAGUCCUUGCACUCCAUCCUGCUGAGCAUGUGCGAAGACCAGCCCUCCCGCCGACGGCCCCUGCAGUCAGUCCUGGAAGCCUGUCAGGUCCGUCAGGAAGCAGUGGCCGUGUACCCAGCCCCUGCCAGUCUCCAUGUCCAGCGGCUGGUCGGCUUGGUUCUCGGCACCAUCUCUGAGGUGGAGAGCCGUGUUGUGGAAGAGAGCUCCUCUGUGCAACAGAGCAGAAGCUACCUGCUCAGGAAGAGGCUGUGUCAGGUGAGCGGUGAGAGCCCAGCGAACAGGACGCCCGAGGGUCUGCGUGCCUGCAGAGUUUCAGAGAGAAGCACAGAGACCCAGAGCUCUGUAGAGCCUCGGUCAGGCAGCUCCGCCCACAGCCACUGCAGUCUCUCCGCUAACAGCGCGUUGGCAGGUGCAAUGCCCCCUGAUGCCCAGGAGUGCCGGCGGCUCAGCUCUGGCUCUGCACUCUCGGUGGCAGCAGAAAGCUCACUGCCAGCAACUCCUACUCACCAGGAUCUCCUGCCAAGAAAGGGCAAGGUGUCUAGGCCGGAGUUUGUCCUGCUGGCUGCAGAGGCCCCAGUGAUGCUGCACCUGCCUGCAUCAGUCGUGACCAGAAAAGGGAAGUCCUACUUGGCUCUCAGGGAUGUGUGUGUGGUCCUGCUCAGUGGGCAGUGCCUGGAGGUGAAAUGUGAUGUCGAGUCCACGGCAGGGGACGUCUUCCAGGCCGUGGUGUCCUUUGUCAACCUGCGAGAGAUCACUUAUUUUGGCUUGGCCUACCUGAGAGGCCAAGAGUUCUUUUUUCUGGAUAAUGAAACCAGAUUAUGUGAAACAGCUCCCGAGGGCUGGAGAGAGCGGCUGCAGACUGCCACGGGCACCUUCACGCUCUUCCUGAGGAUCAAGUUCUUUGUCAGCCACUAUGCGUUGCUCCAGCACAGCUUGACCAGGCAUCAGUAUUACCUGCAGCUUAGGAGAGAUAUCCUGGAGGAGAGGCUGAGCUGUGACGAUGAGAUGCUGCUACGGCUGGGUGGCCUUGCCUUGCAGGCCGAGUUUGGCAGUUAUCCCAAGGAGGUGGAGAGCACGGUGUAUUUUCGAGUUGAAGAUUACAUCCCAGCCAGUCUGAUCGGGAGGAUGACGGCUCUGCGGGCCCAAGCCGAGGUCUCCCGGAUACACCGGCUCAGUUCUGCAUCCCCGGGAGAGGAAGCCGAGCUGCAGUUUUUGAAGGUUGCUCAGCAGCUUCCGGAAUACGGCAUGCUCAUCCACCGGGUCUACCCAGACCAGAAGAGGCCAGGAGGGGAGGUGGCUCUGGGGGUCUGUGCCAAGGGCAUCGCAGUCUAUGUCGUGAAACACAACAGCAGGGUCGCCACCUUGUGGGUUCCAUGGAGAGAGAUGGGGAAGAUUUCCACCCGUCGAAAGAAGUUCAGCAUCACCAGCAGCGUCACUGGGAAGAAGCACGUGUUUGUUGCCGAUUCAGCUAAGACCUGUAGGUAUCUGCUGGGCCUCUGCUCUGCCCAGCAUGCCUUCAGCGCACUGAUGGGCUCCGGACCAUUCCCCCAAGACGUCACUGGUAAGUGUAUGCUGGAUUCUCACAAGUCUGUGCAGAAGGCCCACUGGAGUCUUGCAUGCCAGCCUGAGGCCCAGCCCACGCUCCUCCCAUGGACUCAGAGAUGGGCGUGCUCAGAACAGGAGCUGUUCACACCCAGGCUGCGGGAUCCUACGGGGGGCCUGCUGAGUGCCUCACUGGACAACUGCCACGUGGAAGCCGGCAAGGGUGCUGGAUCCGAGGGAAUCAGAGACAGCCCCCGCCCUGGCUGGGAACAACUGCCGGAGGUCCGCUUGAUUCAGAGGCCAGCGACGUGUGUUGACCGUCUCCCAGGGCUGCCUGUUCCCAGCAUGAGCCUGGCAUCACAAGGUAAAAGCAGGAAAGGCUUUGCACUGGAACCAGGUCAAGAAGUGGUACACGUGAUGCUGAGGCGCGAUCCCCUCCGUGGUUUUGGUUUCGUCAACAAGGAGGGAGAAGACGCGCACCACACCCACCCUGGCAUUUUUAUAUCCUCUAUCAUACCCGGGGGACCGGCAGAGAAGGCGAAAACCAUCAGACCAGGAGGGCGGAUCCUAGCCUUGAAUCACAUCCAUCUGGAGGGUUUCACGUUCGACACGGCUGUUAAGAUGAUUCAGAAUUCUCCUGACACCAUCGAAUUAAUCAUCUCUCAGUCAAAAGCUGUUGGCAGCAGUACUCAGGGUGAAGGAAAGGAAAGGACAGCUGACUCUGCCUUCUUUUGUGCAGACUUCCUGAGCAGCGGACACCAGGACAGUUUGCUGUCACACACGCAGGAUCAGGACGGCAAUGUUGGCGAGCUGAAUGUAGCUCCAGUGCAGAGCUCAAUGCCUGGGUUGACGUCUCAGCUCCCAUCUCUGCCAUUAAAGGAUACCGGUGAUUCUUCGAGUUCUCCAUCACCUUUAGAAGCUGGUGUUGGUGAAAUCUACUUUGUGGAGCUGGUGAAAGAAGACGGGACACUUGGAUUCAGCGUGACUGGUGGCAUCAACACCAGUAUGCGCGAUGGAGGCAUCUAUGUGAAGUCCAUUGUUCCUGGAGGUCCCGCCGCCAAGGAAGGGCAGAUCCUGCAUGGUGACCGGCUCCUGCAGGUGGAUGGUGUGAGCCUGUGUGGCCUCACCCACAAGCAGGCAGUGCAGUGCCUCAAGGGCCCUGGCCAGGUUGUGAGACUGGUCUUAGAGAGGAGAAGCCCUGGGACUGCGCAGCAGUGUCCUGCUGGAGACAGAACUGGAGACAGAGCCGGAGACCAACACCCGGCAGUUUCCGUGGUAACAGCCUUGCCUGGCAGGCCCGCGAGCUGUGUCCCGGUGACAGAUGGUCCCAAGUUCGAAGUCAAGCUGAAGAAGAACACCAACGGUUUGGGAUUCAGUUUUGUGCAGACGGAGCGAGCGACCUGCAGCCACCCGGGGAGUGAUCCCGUGAGGAUCAAAAGGCUCUUUCCGGGGCAGCCAGCUGAGGAACAUGGGGCCAUCGCUGUGGGCGACGUCAUCCUAGCAGUGAAUGGAAGGUCUACAGAAGGCCUUGUCUUCCAGGAAGUGCUCCACCUGCUGCGAGCGGCCCCAGAGGAAGUCACGCUCCUCCUGUGCCGACCCUCUCCAGGAGCGCUGCCUGAGGUGGAGCCGGGAUGGCAGACACCCGUGGCCUCAACAGACAAAGACUUCACCAGGACAGCACAAACUGACCCAGAGCUGAGUCCCGACCCGGAUCAGAAGGAGAGCUGGCAGGAUAGCACCUCCUUGGACACAUGGGAAGGUCCCGGCCUUACGCCUGAACCUUUCCACAAUGCUGUGAGAGUGACUCAAGGGCGCCAAGAAAGAGACAGACCCUGGCCCAGCCCCUCAACACACCCGCUGGAGUCCCAGCCUCACUUAUGCAGCUUUCACCGAGAGAGGGACGCCCCGGUGUUGGCUACAGCAUUGGAAAAGGACAUGAGGCAACGCUGCUAUUCUGCCUCUGAGCUCAGGAGACUUGGAAGAUGGUCCUUCUCAUCCUCUCUAAGCAGACUCACCAGAGGCCUCUUCUGA